AUGCCGUCGAUAGACACCAUACGCACUACAGUCCAAGAACGGUUUGGCUUCAUACCUUGUAAUUGGCAAGUGCAGUCUGCUCGAGCGCAGCUGAAGAAGAGAGAUGUUGUCACUUUGUCACCUACAGGCUCUGGAAAAACACUCACAUUCUGGAUACCUCUCUUGUUCAACAACGGCGGCAUCACCAUUUUGAUCACUCCACUCACAAUCCUCGGAGACAAAAAUGUCGCGGAGCUACAACAAGUCAACAUCCCUGUCGUGAAUCUGUCUGCUGCAACAGCAACAGACGCAACAUUCGAGGAUAUUGCCGCGCGAAAGUUUCGUGUUGUAAUUGUCAGCCCCGAGAGAAUAUUAUCGGACCGUCGCUUCGAUACCUUGUGGAAGACACCACAAUUUGUCAACAAACUUUUCAGCAUUACCUUUGACGAGGCGCAUUGUGUCAGCCAAUGGGGUGGUGACUUUCGCCCAUCCUAUGCCGAGCUUGGUCGACUUCGUUGGCUAGUACCUCCGCAUGUCGGGUUUCACGUAGCAUCUGCAACACUGCCGCGACACGUGCUAAAUGAUGUCAAGUCCAUUCUUCAGAUGCACGACCAUCGAACAACCGAAGCACGUCGCACCAAUGACCGUCCGAACAUUCAUUUAAUGGUUAUCGAGAUGCUAGACCCGUUAAACAGCAUGCAUGACCUAAAAUGUGUCCUCAAGUUUGAUGGUGACGCACCUCCUCCAAAAUUCAUGGUAUUUUGCAACGAGCGCAAGGAGACAGAGCGAUUAUGUGAAUUUGCACGGUCAGAAGCUCCAUCUAACAUGGCCAAAAAACUGGGAGAAAUAUGGGGUAUCUUCUGCACAGAUGCAGCUGGUAUGGGCCUAGACCUUCGUGACAUUGCGCUAGUAAUCCAGUGGAAAUAUACCUCAUCACUUUGCACACUCUGGCAACGCUUAGGCAGAGCAGCGCGAGAUAUCUCCACGGAGGCAACUGGGAUUUAUCUAGUUGAGCCACAGUACAUUGAUCAUCAGAAAGAGAAGGCAAGAGCAAGAGCCAAUGCACGCACAGCAAAACGAAAACAAGUUGACGACAAUGGUGGAAGUUCCCAAAAGAAGCAGAAAUCAACAAGUAUCACACAAGAAGCGAGUGUGGGGAAUCGGACGGAAGGUGGAGAUCGGGAUAUGAGGAAUCCGCAACACGCCAUCCAACGCAUUAUUCCAACGGGCCUCAAUGACGAAGAAUAUGAGGAUGCCAGCAGUAGAUCCCUGGUGUGUCAUGCUGACUGCGUGCGUUGUAUUAUCAGAUCUUCCCGCCUAUGCUGUGACUCAUGUCAUAUCGGCUCCUUCAUCCUUCCCGCACCCACCACGCAAGCACCCAAGCAAACUCGAGCACCAAAUAAACUCAAGACACCUGACUAUCAAAUGGGCCCUGGAGACUUUGCGUUGCGAGAUGAACUUCAGGAGUGGCGAAGACAGCAGCUGAUAGAGAUUGGUGCAGGCGGAGAUGACUUUUUCGGUGUGCAGCUGAUAAUGGCAGAUGAAAUUCUACACCGCAUUGUUGAUUUAGCGCAUUUCCGCAAGAUUGACAGUGUUUCCUCAAUUCGCGAUCAAGCCAACUGGCGCUACUGUGACCGAUGGGGCUCUCAAAUACUCGAAAUCAUCCAAAAGCAUUGCCUGCCAUCUGCCGACAACGCACCUCCCUCUGCCGCAGAACAUACUGUCACCUUUGCAACCAAUCUCGAUAUCAACCAAUCUCCUGCAAACAAGCAACCACGUCAAAAAAAACCAUCAACAUGUCGUGCAUGUGGUCGGGCAGGACAUAUUGGUAAGUUUAUGGUGUUUUUUGCACUCGUACAACUACUGAACUAA